AUGAUUCAAAAAUUCUUGACAAUCUUGCUUCUCCUUCAAUUUGCAUCGUAUGCGGAAUCAUGUGCAAUUCGAGCAGACGAGAAAUGUGAAUCUGGAUGGACUUAUUAUAAAAGAGAAAAAACUGGCUGGUGUAUGAAACUCAUUAUGACAGAAACACUUGAGUUUCACUCUUUGAACACAACAACAGCUAAAGAGAUUUGUAAGAGUUUCGGAGCUGUUUUAUCUUCAAUCGAUGAUUUGUCAAUGAAAAAAGUGAUUUUGAAUAUGAGAAAUGAAACGAAUGUUCGUGAGUCGUUGUUCACAUGGCUUGGUGCAGAAUUGCGGCCGGGUUGUAGGAAAACAGAGUGUGAACUGAAUGAAGACGGUGAUUGUAAGAAAAAUGAUAACUGUGGGAGUCAAAAAGCCAAUUUUCAAUUUAUAUGGAAUGAUGGUUUCGCAGCUGAAAAAUCUGAUCAAUUUAUAUUUGAGGAAGUACCACUUGGCAGCAAGACAGAGGGAUAUUAUACACCAUGGACUGAUUUGCUAAUUUUUCCAUCAAAUAGUGGGUUUUAACUAAUUGUAAGGCGAUAUAUUAAUUGAGUAGCUUAUCAUUUUCAGAUAUUGAGAAGUUUUAUGAAUACGAAUACGGAAAUUCGGCUAUUUGUGGAAAACCAUCGAUAAAUUAA